CUUUUGGAUGAUUGCGUGUCUGCUCGUUUCCUUUUUGCAGAAAAUAUCGAGCUCCUCGGACGAGAUGCUGGUCUGUAUGAAGGAGACAUGAGACUAACGAUUGAUCAAGCACUAAUGAUCGAGAGUGGCGAGGUCAGAGGAUCAAUUAAAACUGGAAAAUGGCCUGGCGCUGAGCUGGCAUACGAAAUUGAUCCUUCUCUGAGUAAGUCAUUUUUGACUGGAGAAAUAGAUAAAAUUACAAAGAAAAAUCUAUACGCAUUUCAAUAUAAAAAGUCAAAAUUUACUUUCAGAGGGUUUAUUUGUUUUCGACUUCUAAGGUUCGCAGUCGAGGGCGAUGGCCGUUAUCCAGAGUGCAAUGCGCGAGUGGGAGCAGAAAACUUGCGUACGCUUUAAGAAAAGAACCACAGAGACCGCUUACGUCUCAUUCUUUAAAGGUUCCGGGUAAGAAUAUAAGAUGAUGAAACAUUUUCUGUUUGGUUUCUAUCUUCGUACUUUUUUCGAACUUUCUUCUAAGAUGCAUUAAUUAUUUUCUGAAAGAAAGGAAAAAAUAAUUUAUGACCGGUCAUUACUUAUUGUCUGGGGAUGGGGGAGGGGAAUGGGCAGGGGGGAGGUUUACAUGAGUUUGGCUGUGUCACAAAAAAUUUUACUUAGUCCCCCCUCCCUAAGGUCCUCUAUUCCUCUUCAUUGCAAGUUAAUUGGCAGUCUGUCUUCUAUUAUCCACCUUUGUAUUAUGUUGGCGAGAACUUAAAGUUCCUCCCUACUCUGUUCCCCCUGAAAACUAUGUGAUUGCCCCCCAAAUCUUUCUCCCCACCCACCCCUCAGACAAAAAAAUUACGACCGAUCCUUUCAUAGUCAAUCUAAAGGCCAUUAGAAUCUUUUUGACAAAUUUAUACAAUCAUCUGCUCAAAUGUAGCUUAUCAUAAUUGUUAGUUAUUAUUUAAUAUUUCUUCUUAAUGCUAUAAAUAAUACGAACUUGCAAUUAUUAGGUGUUGGUCCUAUGUUGGAAGAACCGGCAGGAAGCAACAAUUGUCAUUGGCCAGUGGAUGUUGGUAUCACGGCAUUGUGAUCCAUGAAAUAGGUGCAACUCAAAUUAACACGUUGGCAAGGAAAAAAAUCACUUAUUUGACGUAAAAGAUGAAUAGUGAUUGAUGUGAUGCUCCAGUGUCAUUCUACCUUUCUCUUCCUCCUCUUGAAUCAACUGUUCUCCUGUUUUCCUACAUAUUUUCGACCUAUCAUACAUAAAAACGCCAUUACGACAGUGAGGUGAUGAGGAGAGACUGUUUCCCAUUUUCGGGGUUGAAUGCAUCUAGGAACGAAAAGUUAUUUGUGUGUAAUGUCUCUGAAGUAGUUUAUAAAAGCCACCACAAAAUAAUGUUUGAUCACCGAUCAUGGCAACUGAACAUCUGCCACAACAACUAAAAAGCAUUUCCAAGAUAAUUUUAACCGUUGCUGUUAUUGUCGUUGAUGUUGUUUUUUUUUAUUUUAGGUCAUGCACUUGGCUUUUAUCAUGAACAGUCUCGCCCUGAUCGAGACCAACACGUGACCAUUUUGUGGGAAAACAUCAGAGAGGGUAGGUAUUUGAGUCGAUGAUGAAUUAAGACUGACACUAAGCCAUCGUGCAUAUCUUCCUCAUUCGUCCAGUUUCACGAUGUGUGUGAAUCAUAUGCAAUGGUUUCAUGACGUUAACCCAUUCCCAGUCAAUGAGUUCUCGUGCACUCCUCACGGGAACCGGGAAAAUUAGCUCGAUAUCUGUAAGGAGUUCGUUACUAUUUUUGAGAGAGAGUCAUGUCUUGACUAUCAUGAUGAAGUGACACAAAAUAUCCCACGUCAGAGGCCACAAUGAACAUAUUGGAUCUAGAACUGAGUUGUUUCUUCAAUGAACAAAGCACUCUCCUAUUUGGAGGAACUGUAGGCUUUGGAGAGAAAGUAUGGCGAAGAGUUAAAACCUUUUUUUGGAACAGUCACGUCUGUCUCCAAAUUUAAAUGUGGUUUAGUCGAAGGAGAUAUUCUUUUUUACAUUGGAAACGUGAUGAAUAAAACGACGUUUAGUUGUUUUUUUUUCGGUUUCAGCUAACAAACACAACUUCAAGAAGUACAGCACCAGUAUUAUUGACUCUCAUCAAACUCCUUAUGAUUAUGGAUCUAUCAUGCAUUACUCAUCUAGGGCAUUUUCAAAGAACGGAAAGCCAACAAUAGCGGUGGCCAAUGGGGUAAGUUGUAAACAGACGAGGCUUUGUAUAUAUAGCAGGUGAGUUAUACAUACGUACGUACAUACAUGAACCUUAUGAAAGGUACCUAGAACAAGAGAAAACGUAUAACAAAAAGAACGCAUUUAAAGGAAAGUUUAAAGGUGAGCAUUAUGUGAAAGAAUCCCGAAAAUUACUGUUUAGAAAAUCUUCACAAAUCACGUAAGGUCUAGCAUGCACAAGAUUAUAGGAAAACAAUCAAAGAACUUCAUGGCGAAUACAAACUCGCCUCUUGUUCUGCAAGAAUUAUCACAUUUUACGUUAAGUUUCAAAAUUUCUAAACAUAACUUGGAGGAUACUAUGGAAUUUUAUCCGGUUUUAGUUGGGAUUCCGAUUGUUCGCGAGCAAUUGUUCCUACACCUCACCAGUAAAGUAGUUACUACUGAUUAUUUCAUUUUAGGCGACCAUUGGCCAACGCAAGGGACUGAGUCCGAUCGAUGCGAAACAAAUGAGCCGACGUUACUUCUGUCAGUCAGGUUUGGAACCCAUGACAUUGCUGUUAUAUUUGUCAUUGUUGUCAUUAUUGUUAUAGGCACCAUUAUUAUUAUCAAAAUAUCCCAGUGUAGACAACUGUUAUUUGUCAAAGCAGGAUCUUAAUCUUCAACCGUCCAUAAGGUUGGUCAAUGUUAGAUAGCAAAAUCUCCUAAUAGAUAGUGGGUAUUUUGAAACCAGACAAAAGAUAUGGUGAAUCAUGCCCAAAAUUAAAUUGCAAUGAUAUGAUGUUAGCUGUUGUUCUGAUAAAGUAAGCUUCUACCGUCAAAUGGCCUAACAUCCGUCAAAACGGCUUGUUUCUAACCUUUGAAAGUUAGGGGUCCCCUCCCAUGAGCGCCUCUUAAUCGAUAUUGCUCAGCUAAGAUUUCAAAUUUUGCCUAUCAACAAAUUGUUCACCAACGUUUGUUCACUAAUAGAUUUUUCGGUUUAAGAUUUCAUGGUCAACGCAUAAAUCUACCUCAAAAUAUAUUUUUUUCAAUUUUUUGUCAGUCGUAAGUUAAAUAAUUUAUAUGAGUAACUGAAUAACAUUUAAUCAAACUCAGUGUUAUCUUUAUUCCAUUCUAGCUCCUGUCAAACCCUCAGGUAAUAUGCUUUAUAAAUGUUCCCGGCUUUUAAAUUGCGUAUCAGCUUUAGAAUCUAUGAUACCGAUGUAGAAAAUAAAGCUCAUUGCCUGGAAGGAAUCAUCGCGCAACAGAGUUCCUUAUCAAAACGAAACGAUGACUGAAGCUAUCUUUUAUGAUUAAAAGUAAUGUAUACUUUGCGGUCGCUAAGUCCAAAAUUAAAAUCAUGAUUGUGACGACGAAAUGUGUAAUUAAUCAAUCAGGGAGUUGAAAUCACUCAGUUAAAUUUAAUAGUAAAGCAUAAUACCCAUGUCAGUACAAAUCCAACUCUAAAAACUUUGCAUUUAAGUAACCUUUCGAUUCCUUAGAAAAAAAAACCGGGACACCGGAAAUUUCUUGACUUACUUUACCACACUUCAAAUAUUCGCUACUCGGUUUAAGGCUCAAAUUGCAACUUUGACAACGGACUCUGCACUGGAUGGACCCAAUCAACAUCAGAUCAAUUUGAUUGGAGGGUUUAUAGUGGCUCAACUCCAUCGCGAGGGACAGGACCUUCUGCGGAUCAUUCUGGUUCAGGUAUGUCCCGCGGAUCUAUUGAUGAUCUAUUUCUAUGCUUCUAAGUUUAUUCUUGCUGUUUAUACUUUUGGAGAUAGCUCAAGCUCUCCCGACUCGCCUCACUUUACCCUAUUAAGGAGCUACCGUAAACUAGAUCCUGAGCUCGUCGGCAUACGGCUACGAUCAACAAUGUAAAAACUACCAAGUGAGUAACUUUAAUGAGAAGGUGACAUCUUUCAAUCUCGCGGACAGAAUGAAAGAUAACGUUAUUUGCUUCAUCUCAAGCUCAAAAUUCUCCCAUCUUCUCUUUUCUGUCUAGAUUUAAAUAGGUUUUAUCGAGAGAAGAUAUGAAGCCUUAGCUUUUGAGAACAUCUGAUCGAUUACUGGUUUUUUUUUCGGCUUUUAAGGGAAGUACAUUUAUAUCGAGACAUCUCAUCCACGAAAAGCCAAUGAAAAAGCAAUAAUCAAUUUUAGUGGAUAUUCCGGUGGCUCAGCCUGUCUUGCUUUCUAUUAUCAUAUGUACGGUGAUAAUGUCAAUCAACUGAACGUGUACCUCGGAAGUUCAAAGGUUUUCGCCAAGGCUGGUAACCAGGGAAAUGAAUGGAAGAAAGCUCAAGUGUCGAUAAAUGGAGGAGGAAACGUAAGUUUGCGCUAACUAGUUCCAGUUUACAUCAAGAGAAAGCAAUGAUUUCUUAUGGUUGCAUAAAAGACACCAGCCAUUGCGCAUGACUUGGGUUGAUGGAUCAUACUGAGCGAGCAGGUUAUGAAUGUAAAUAGAAACAUUAUAUCAGUUCAGGACAGGAUUCUUUUAAUUUUUCCUCAUUUUGCGCAUGUGUUUGAUUUAUCCCGGCCACAGUGCGUUGAGUAUUCAAUAAAAAAGAAAAACAGUGCAGUUUGGCGUAACAAAUUUUCUAAGGAAAAAUGACAAAAUGGAUUUCUUUAAAACUUUUCAGAUCGUUUUCGAAGGGAUCCGUGGAAGUGGCUGGCAAGGAGACAUUGCCAUUGAUGAUUUCUCCUUAACCGUGGGGUCAUGUGAAGAAGGAAUCCCAGACCCACCCGGUCCAACCACACCACCUCCUCCUGGUAAGUUCAUUAGUUGGAUCUCCGGGCCUCCUUGUGACGAGCGAGGAUUAUUUGAGAAAACAGAGGCUCAAGAUAGUUACUUAUGUUUUACACGCAUCAUUUCGUUAAGGACAAAGCAAACACAUAUAUAUUCUAAGGAAAACACGGUUUCUGUUAUCUCAAUUAUCGCAUCUAAGUUCGAACACACUAACCACAUUCCUUUCUAAAUCCGGCUGGGAAGUUGAGAUCUUUUUCAUCUUGGUCCUCCUCGGAAGCAACCGUCGGGGCUUGUCAAACUUUUCAGAUUAGUAUUGCUGUGUAGCAUGGGUCUCCCAAGGUAAAUGUUUUACGUUUGUCAAAACACGGUCUCCUAGGAAAAAUAAAACUUGUUGAUGAAUUGAUGAAUAAUGACAAACAAUUAUUAUUGAUAGGUAACUGCGGAUCAAAGCCAAGUGUUCGUAUUGUCGGGGGGACGGUAGCUGCACAAAACAGUUGGCCUUGGCAGGCAAUGAUGCGGACUACGUCUGGAUUUCCAUUCUGUGGUGGCUCAUUAAUAGCACCUCAAUGGGUAGCCUCCGCUGCUCACUGUGUUCGAGGGAAGUCGCCUAGUAGCCUAAUGAUAAGGUGAAAACAAAAAGGACUCGGCAUUUUAACAUAAAACAUCUUUCUUUAUAGCUAAUUAUAAAUUAUUGUUAUCUGAUAUUAGAACUCAUGAUCAAUUUAAAGGCAAACACCUCUAAUUUCAGUUUUCAAGUCUCAAAAUGAAAUGAUUUCACUCUCCAGGCUUCUUACUACAAUUAUUACAUAGAUCACAAUACAUUCAGCAAUCAUUCUCAAUAUUAUCCAGAUACUGUACAAUAUCAAAAUUGUCUUGUGGAAUACAAUAUCAAGUACGUUUUAGCCCUGCUACAAGAAAUUGAAAACCGAAAGGAGUUCAAACAGAUCUCCACAUAUCUUUUUGUUUGAUUUGUUUUGGUUUCUCUUACCAGAUUGGGUGCUCACAGAAGAAUCGGUAGGGUCGGAACGGAGCAAGACUUCAAGGUUAUCAAAAUUAUCUCCCAUGCAAGCUAUCAUAACCCCGUAAGAUAUAGUUACGAUAUUGCGUUGAUAAAACUCGAGAAACCAGCCAACUUGAACAAAGCAGUUGGACUAGUUUGUGUUCCAGAUGGCAACAGUCCAGCGAUGCCAAUCGACAAUUUGAGCAAGAAGUGUUGGAUAACAGGGUGGGGAAGGUUAGCUUCUGGAGGAGCUACUCCUGAAAAAUUGAUGCAAGCAUCGGUGCCUCUUGUCUCAAACUCGAGGUAUGUAUCCUUUGAUAUGAUAAGCGUGUCCGACGGAAAAACUCGGAUCGAAAUUUUACUCCUGAGAACAGAUAGUGGCAGAGUGAACCGAGCCGGAGGUCCCCCUAUCGAUUCGUCAAGGUCAACGGCUUGUCUAAAUUCCAAUUGAGUUGCAAUCCGUCUGAUAGGAAAUUUCAUCUUGCUUUGUUUGAAGUGUAUUUGGAUUGUGAAAUAGCUAGGUAAGCUAGGCAAUUGUUAGGUUUAUAUGUUAACCUUUAUAGAGCUAAAACAAGUUACCAUCUGUCUUAAUCUGUUUAUACACAUGACGCUCUCGAAAUUGCUGAUCGUAGCAGUAUGCAAGACGGGUAUUACAUUAGAUUAUGAACAUUGUAAUUGCCCAGUUCGCGGUUGAGCUUUUGUGGCUCAAAGGUAGAGCAUCAAAGUACAGAGUCUGUGGGCCUGAAGUUCGAUUCCUCACUGGGACUCAGAAUGUUUACUUCGUUCUACAAAUGAUUAAAAAAAAGACAACUUCACCCACACAUAAACUUGAGCUUAUAUCAGGAUUUCAUCACAAUUAAAGAACUGUAAAAUAUUCGCUAUUUUGCGUGAUACGAUUUUGUUUUAUAUUUCUAGGUGUCUUAAGGGUUACCCGAACAUGAUCCACGACUCCAUGCUGUGUGCAGGACUUGAUAAGGGUGGAGUCGAUGCUUGCCAGGGCGAUAGUGGCGGUCCGCUGGUCUGUCAAUACAAUGGCAGAUGGUUCUUGGAAGGAGCUACUAGCUGGGGUCAUGGAUGCGCUGGCCCUAUGAAGUACGGUGUGUACGCAAAAGUACGUUACGUCAAGAGCUGGAUCGAUCAGAUCAUGAAGAGCAACUGA